UGAGACACAGGACAUUCCCCUUGAAUGUUAGGCAACACAUUUUUACUGCAAGGGUAGUUGAGUGCUGAAUAAUUGCCUGGAGAAAUUGUGGACUCUCCAUCCUUGGAGAUAUUUAAAACCUUACUGGAUGUGCUCUGGGGCAACCUGUGCUACCUGAUCAUGCUUUCAACGUGGGACCCGACUAAGCUAUUGCCAGAGGUGUUUUCCAACCUCAUCCAUGCUGGGACUGAGUACCAGUGAGGGCUGUGGAAAACAAAAAGCCAACCUGCCAGCUAGGACAUCUUGUUGCCAGCAUGACAUUUCCCUGCUUGCAAUGAUUUCUCUAGGGCCUGUGGAAUCCUAUACUUCCUUUCCCAGUUUUUGAGUCCUUGCAAAUGUAUACCUCCCUAGUUUUCAUAUAAUUUCAGCUCCUUCCUUUGAACUGCAUCACAUACAAACUUGUCUCCAACACCAGUGUACAAUGCUAUUGCCGCAGUCUUCUAGGGCAGUCUUGUGAGAGAUCAUCCGCUUGUCUUUGCUAACAAUGGUGGUCUCAAUGCCAUUUCCCCCAUUGUCCCUGCAAUUACCUAUGGGACAUUUUCUGUGGCUUCUUUUACCUAUGAUAUGUCUGUCUAUUUCUAGUCCAUCUACAUUUUUAUUUAAACUACCUUAAUUCAAAAGAAGCUAUUUACCAGGUAUCAGUAAAAAAUAAAAAUAUAUAGGUAUCACCUCUGACAGGUUUCUGGGAACACCUUACUGAUGCUGAAUUUAUUUUUUAGGGAUUCUUUUUAUCCAGGUUCUGUACAGUUGCAGAAUGAAUGCUUGGUCCCUAGCAAGUAAAACUGUAACUGACUGAAUAAUGUAAUAAAAUAUACUUUUAGAUAUAAACUGUAACAGUUGAAUGAAUAGUAAAAAUACCCCAGCGUAUCCUGUGGGAUUGUGGGGCAGAUGCUCCAGCUUAUCCCUUAAAACUGGAUCCGCUUUCUGCCUGGGGCUGUGAUGUGGGGCUGUGGAAGCUGAGGAGACCCUCCUGCUUCUCUGUGAUGUCCUGUCCUAAUACAAACAAGAGGCCUUGCUGGGGUGAGCAACUUCAGCCAGGGCCGGGAUGGUUCUACCCUUUACACACCAGUGACUGGAAGGCAAUGAUGAGGCAGGUCCUGGCAUGCUACACUCCAAGGAAGGCAGCAAGUAGGGACAGGCUAAGGGCAGAGGGGCCGUGUCCCUAGAGGCUCAUGUCUCAGGGUGAGCCUGGAGACCUUUAUUCUUAUCCCCUUGACAAAUCAUUUGCAAAACGACUUCAGAGCAGCUGUAGCUCAGUAUAAACCUCCCGUGGACAGUGCUAGUUCCCUUUUCCCCUGGCGCAAACACAGCCCCAUGCCAAAAACCUGCUCCCCAUCCAUUGGCUCAUGGAAAUGACCGCAGCAAGUCCUCUGUCACCAGCAGACCAAGCACUCACCCAGGCCAGGAAACCUCCCUCAGCCCACGAUGACAGAUACAGCAGGGUGUUCCCAUGGAAUCACACAAACUUUGGAUUGUUUUUUUAAGCUCUUUAGCUUGGCAGUGACACUUGUUCUCCCCCUCAUCAAUACUCAAAUAAAUUAUGCAGACUGCCGGUGCAUGAAAGCAGAAACUAUAACUGCUUCAAAAAUAAGAAUUGAGGUGAGACAGCAAAAAAUCAGCUGCACUAAAUUUACCCGAGAAAAUAGGUUUGUGUAGAAGUGUGAGAGAAGGGGUAAAGAGAGGGGCAAGGGCAGAGCAGCUGGAGUGGAAGCAGCUGUUUGGCUUGGCAGAGGCAUUCUCUGACAGAAGGAAGAUGCUCCCCAGCUUUCAGAGAGGCCCCUCUUCUCCCUGUACCACAGUGUUUCCUUCAGGCUGAGGUCCCAGGACCUCAAUUUUGAAGAAGUGGUUUCACUGUGGGCAGUGACGUGCACCCUUAAGGCAACCACCUGCAUGACUUGGUUUCACUCGCUGGGGCUGGGGGACUGCAGGGCAUCACCAGCCAUGGCAGCAGGCUGGCUCCUUGGCCACCCCAAUGGAAGCCCAUUUCAGCUAGCAGUUCUUGUUAUGACAACAGUUACUUUCACUUCUGCAAUAAAACAAAAUACAUCUGAGAUUAUGUGUGUUUUAAUCAGCCAGAAGGAUGAAGGUUCAGGAACACCAGAGACAUUGGUAUCUCCCAAGAUUUCUAACAUUUUGGAAGAUCUUGGGUGUUACUUGAAUUCUCAAGGAACAGAGAACAUCUAUGAACCAACUAAAAAUGUGGAAGUUAAUGUCUUUGAAGAUAUUGAAUUAAGAGUAAUAAUGAACAUUUCUAAUAUAAUUUCAUGCUUCUGGUUCUUUAAAGAGAGCAAAGCGUGUAAACCUUCUUUGGACUCAGAGAAUCGAUAUGUUAUGUCUUUGGCUUUUUCCCAAAUAAAAGAAGCACAAGCUGGAAAAUACACCUUCUCAGUCAUAAGUGAAACUGGCAAUUACACAGUAGUUGUGCCUAUUCUCAUCCGAAAGAGACCAAGCAAACCCUAUUUUAGGAAAAGGGAAGGAUCAGAUGCAAUUGAAUGCGUAUCUGAGAGCUACCCCCAGCCCUACGUGGAGUGGAUAUUUUGCAAAACACCUGAAAAGAGUUGCCCUGAUAAAGUGCAUGAAGAAACUGGGGAAAUAGAUGGCAUACAGAAGAUACAAUAUGAAUUAUUUCAAACUUAUAUAUGGUGCUGUGCAGCUAAUGACCUGGGCAGAGAAUGCACUGGCCUCUUUACAAUAGAUUUAAAUGAACGACAAGCAGCACCUUUACCUGAAUUACUUCUUAAAGUCGGAGAACCGUUGCUGAUCAGGUGCAGAGCUGUUCACCAUAAUUACAAAUUCAGAAUAAAAUUAUCUUUAGAAAACAAAGAAGUUGAGCAGGAUCGCCAGUUUGAAGGAUUAGACUAUCAAACCGAUUACUCAGCAAUUCGGAUCCAGUAUGUGUUUGCUUCAUCAGCAGGAAGAAGUGAUAGCGGACAUUAUACCUGUUCUUCUACUGCUCAUCCGAACAAAACUGCCUUGGUUACAGUUUUAGAAAAGGGAUUUAUAAAUAUAACCGACUCUAAAGAAGAAUUUGAAAUUGGUGAGGAAGCAUUUUGCCUUGAAGUUAACUUUACAGCAUAUCCGUCAGUUAGAUGCAUGUGGCUAUCUCCCCAAAAAACAUUUCCGUGUAAACAAAGUUACAGCGUGGAUGGACGCAGCAUUUCAUCAAAGUUCUGCAACCAUCAGCACCGGUCUGGAGUAUAUGUAUUUUAUGCCGAAAAUGAUGAUACAGUCGUGACAAAAAAAUUCACUCUGUAUGUGAGAAGAAAGCCCAAAAUAAAGAUGCAGUGGCUGUUCAAGCAGAUCUCCUGCAUCGCUGACAGUUACCCUGCCUCAUCCUGGGUUUGGAGGAACUGUUCCAAGCUGAACUCAUCCAACUGUACAGAAGAAAUCACUGAGGGGAUUCACAGCUUAUUACCCGAAAGGAGAUCCCUGGGGUCAUGGAUUUCUAGCAGUACUUUAGAUGUAAAGGAGACAGCAACAACCUUCUCUGUGGAGUGCUGUGCAAACAAUUCUGCUGGUUCAGCCUGUGAAAAGAAUUUCAUUAACCUAUCAGUUGCAGGAGCUGUUUCUCCUCCCCCGGGCAGUACUGCUUUCUAUGUCUCUGUUGGAUUUUUCCUCCUAUUGAUGGCUUUCUUGUUUAUACUAUUUUUUCAUAAAUACAAAAAGCAAUUUAGAUACGAAAGCCAGUUGCAAAUGAUUCACAUCAUAGGUCCAUCAGAUAACGAGUAUAUCUACAUCAACUUCAGAGAAUUUGAAUAUGAUCUCAAAUGGGAAUUUCCCAGGGAAAAUCUGGAGUUUGGACAGGUCCUUGGUUCUGGGGCUUUUGGGAAAGUGGUGAAUGCAACAGCCUAUGGAAUUAGCAAUGCAGGAGAUUCAGUCCAGGUUGCAGUCAAAAUGCUAAAAGAAAAACCUGAUGCUUCAGAAAAAGAUGCUCUAAUGUCUGAGCUGAAAAUGAUGACUCACAUUGGUAGCCAUGAAAAUAUUGUGAACCUACUAGGAGCUUGUACUGUGUCAGGACCAAUCUACUUGAUAUUUGAAUACUGUUGCUAUGGUGACCUUCUGAACUACUUAAGGAGCAAGAGAGAAGAGUUUCACCGGACAUUGGCAUAUGUUUUUAAACAGCACAACUUCAGCUUUUACCACAAUAUUCAUUUGAACCAAAAUUCCAGGAAGGGAGCUCACCUCAAGUAUAGUGUGAAUGCAUCUCUAUGGAGAGAAGAUGAAUUUGAAGUUAUGCAAAGUCAAAACAUAAAUGUGGCAUCUGGAUCAAAUGGGAUUGUGCUGCCUUCUGAGGAAGAUGAAAUUAGACGUGAAAGCAGAUUGAUGGAUGAAGAGGAGGACUUUAAUAUGCUCACUUUUGAAGACCUUCUUUGCUUCUCUUACCAAGUUGCCAAAGGAAUGGAGUUUCUUGAGUCCAAAUCGUGCAUUCACAGAGACCUCGCUGCCCGAAAUGUACUAGUGACCCAUAGAAAAGUGUUGAAAAUAUGUGACUUUGGCCUUGCUAGAGACAUAAUGAACGACUCCAACUACAUUGUUAGGGGCAAUGCUCGUUUGCCAGUUAAAUGGAUGGCUCCUGAAAGCUUAUUCGAGAGGACAUACACAAUGAAGAGUGAUGUCUGGUCUUAUGGAAUAUUACUAUGGGAAAUAUUCUCUUUGGGUGUAAAUCCCUACCCUGGGAUUCCGGUUGAUGCAAACUUCUACAAAUUAAUACAAAGUGGGUUUAAAAUGGACCAACCAUAUUAUGCUACAAAAGACAUCUAUUGUGUGAUGCAGUCCUGUUGGGACCUUGACUCCAGAAAGAGACCCUCUUUUUCUCAGCUGGUUUCCUCUCUUGCCUGUCAGCUGGAUGAGGCAGAAGGAGCAGUUUACCAAAAUAUGAACAAAAAUGUUUCCACACACAAUUCCAGCAUCAAAAUUAAACCACAUGUAAGUAGGGAUGAGAAAUCUCUGCUAUCCCCGACUGUGCUUCAGCAUGAAGACUCUCAAGUUGAAAAAUAAUCUGGGUUAUGGAUUUGGUCCCAAUAUUUUCAUAAAUUCCAUGUAGCAUAAAUGUAUUAUAACACCACUAAGAAAAGAAAAUGUUACCAACCACUGUUCCAUUCACCUUUCUUAUGGGACAGUCUAUAUUUAUGUUACUUUGAGGAAAAGACACAAUUCAUCGCUUUGAAUUCAGCAAACACGUUUAUUGCAGACAGAAGCAACGGUCUUUUCAACUUAUCUUUGGAGAUCUCUUUUCCCGGUUUUAUGUAAGUAAAUACAUUAUGUAAAUCAAUGCAUUGAAUUCAGACUUUUCUUGCCAUAUGGCAAGCAAACACAAGAAAAUAUACGGGUUUUUUAGUCAAUGUUUACAACACGGACUAUGCAUCUGAAGAGAGCUUGGUGUGAUUUCCAGAAGAGUUACUCGCAUCCUCAUCUCCAGAUGUCAGUGAGAGCUGGAAGAAAAGGCUAUUGGAGUAGCCAGCUUUAGAUGCCAGAAUUUAAAAGUAUCAGUCCUGUUUUACAAGGAACUGUAAAUCUGAGUGUGUAUAACUGUCUUAUCCUGGACUACUGCUGUGAAGUUCCCAAUAGAUGUCAAGUUCAGGUGAGUUCACUUCACUGAGCUUUAGGUACUCGGGUGGUCUCUAGCUGUCCAGGCUACAUUCCACAUCUGCUGAUGACAGUUAGGCACUCACAAGGUGUGAUUCUUUUUUACCUAAAAUAAGCAUCUAAAACAAGCAGGAAGGGUGAUAUUUAGAGAUGACCUUCUGCCUCCCUGGUCUCGAAAAUUCAAGUGUCAGUUUCUGAAUGAAAGUCUCACUUCAACUUCAUUAUAGCUAAUUCCAUUCUCUGGGCUUUGUGUGUUUAAUAACAAAUAAAAAUGUUAACUGUAAAUAAAUUAUCUUCUGUAACAAUUUGGGAGUGCAAUAACUUCACUCCCAACUCCCAGAAGUCAUCCUGUGUGUAUGAACCCAGCUGCAAUAAAAUGAGAGUAUGUCUCUUUAAAUCUCUCCCUGACUCCCAGGACAAUAACCAGAGGCUUGAUGGGUUUUUAAUAUAGAUAAAAGGACAUGUUAUUUUCAUUAUGUGGUUUAGGGAUUUGUAAAUGCAUCUUUCUUAAUGACUAACAGGAUACAUUUGUCUAUAUCACAGUGCAUCAAGAUGAGAAUAUUCUGGUUAACAGUUUUCUUCUCUUUUCCAUUUUCCAAGAUGUUAACCACAGUUAGAAUUUUCACUGGCAAGUGUUCUAAUUUAAUAACUAUUUGAUAGAGUAUGCCAUCACAUAAAUUGAGCCGCUUUUUACUAAUAUUGUCUGAAAAUAAUGCAUGUUGUAAAACAGCAAUUAUUAUUUGUAUAUUUUUGUUAACACGGUUGAAUUUGCAAGGGAACAUUGAUUUUUUUAAUCAGAUAUAAACUGCUGAAGAAUAAUUCGAAAAUAUAAAGAUAGCAAUAAAACCUUAACACUGCAUUUUCUGGAAAAUGUAUCUGACUUUUAACAUAGCAGAGUUUCAAAGUGUUCAGCAACGAGAUGUCACUGUUUAGCACCAUUAACACAUGGCCUGCACCAGCUGGAAAAUGGGAGUUAAGUGUCUUGUGCAGUCAGGAGCUUUCAGCCUUCAGAGCUCAGAGGAACUUAACACUGAACUGGUUCCAUCCAAGCCUAGCUGGCCCUGGAAACUAAGCAGAUUUGAACUUGGCUCAUAGACGAGCAGAUGGGAAUCCCAUGUGAUUUAAAACAUGCCAGGGAGUUGUGUCAAAUGUUUUUCCAAAAGUUUAAAAAAGGAGUGGACAGAGGUCAUCUGGCCCCAUCAACAUUACUGAGC